UUUCUUAUCGUCUUGCUUUCCAUUUCUGAUUCCCCUUAGGGUUUGAUGGGUUUUAUUUUAGGGAAUUUGAUUGGUUGGUGAAUCCCUCAAUCUCGUUGUAGUUUCCCAUCGUUGUGUAGGAGAAAAAUAAUCGAGCUUGAGCAGCUGCAUUGAAAUGGUGAGGUGAUUAUAAUCUGGAGAUUUUAAUGUCGGAGAGCUGCAAUUCUCGGCACUUCUCAUGGCUAAUGAAGUCUUGUUUCCCAAACCAAAAUCACAAAUCUUUGAUAGUUACACCCCAACAACUCAACCCCACUGUUUCUCUAACACUCUCUUCUCUCCCCGAUGAUCUCCUCUUGGAAUGCCUUUCCAGGGUUCCUUCUUCCUCCCUCCCUUCCCUUUCCCUCGUCUGCCGCCGUUGGUUCUACCUCAUUCUCUCCCCCUCUUUCCUCCUCCUCCGCCACCAACUCCGCCUCCUAAGCCCUUCCAUCUUCGCCUUCUCCGCCACCGACUCCGGCAUCUUUGCCGCCACCCUUUCCUUCUCUUUACCCAAACAUUGUCAUGCAGCUACUUGGGACCUCCCUUUAUGUCUACCUAUGAACACCGCUUCGCUUCAUAGUAUAUCGAGGCUCGUUUCGAUCGGACCCCGGAUUUACAUGAUCGGUAGGAACUUCAUGCUUAGGUACAACGCUUGGACCCAACACGUUACUGCCAAAUCCCCCAUGCUUUUCUCUCGCAAAAAGUACGCCGCCGCGGUUGUUUCCAACAAGAUUUAUGUCGCCGGCGGCGUCGGUUCGAGGAUUGCCUCCGCCGUGGAGGAAUACGACCCGGAAAACGAUACUUGGCGCGUUGUUUCUUACUCGCAAAGGAGGCGUUAUGGGUGCAUUGGGGCGGCGGUGGAUGGGGUCUUUUACGUUAUCGGUGGAUUGAAAAUCGGUGGCGCGUGUGGGGAUGGAGUUGGCAGGAUAGAAGCUCAUGUUUACGCAAGCUCGAUGGAUUUGUACGACGUAGAGGCGCGUGUUUGGUUGCGGAGCAGAGCCGUACCGGGUGGCGGCUGUGUGGUGGCGGCGUGCGCGGUAGCCGGAUACGUAUACGUUCUAACGAGCCACGCUGUGGAACUCUCGUUUUGGCGAUUCGACGCGCGGAGAAAAUGCGGCGGAGGUGAAGGAUUCGGGGAGUGGUGUCGGAUGAAAAGUCCACCGAUGCCGACUCAAAUUCGACUCGACGGGACGGUGAGAUUCUGUUGUGUAGGGGUUGGGGAUAAUAAGGUAAUAUUGGUACAAGUCGUCGGCUGCAUAGAUGACCUGUUGAGAAGAGGCGGAAGGAGUGAAAGGGGUUUCAAAGACGGGCUUGUUUUGGUCUACGACAGUGCCGGUGGGGAGUGGAGUCGAGCGCCGGAUCUGCCGGAGGUAAUACGACGCGCCGCCUGUGUGAGUGUGGAGUGUUAAUCGGUGCUAACUUGCGCCUAUGGGAAGCUUUUUGGAGUCUUGUGUCAAGCAGACAAAAUGAUUGUUUGUAACGUGGAGG